CAGAUAGAAUGAUGCGUAUAAGGGCGAUUUGUAGUAGUUCAUAUCGCUUUUGCUACAUACCCGGUCCCGGUCGCGCAACUCGGCUGCUCCUCCAACGUAGAAUGGCGGCCACGUCGCCUAAGCUCAGCUCCACGCUUUCUUCUCCGACUCUUUAUGCUCUCUGCAACCAACUCCCGAGAUUCUCGCCUCUAUCGCUCCGCAGUAACGCUGUAAACUUUCCUUCUCUCCAUCUCCGCCGUCAAUCCUUCUCCUACUGCCGCCGAUUCUCCACCACUCGAGCCGAGUCCUCAAAUGGUGCGGCUGCUGCUGCCGCCUCCGAGCCGCCGAGCCACUAUGAUUUCGACCUCUUCACUAUAGGCGCCGGGAGCGGCGGCGUUAGGGCUUCUCGCUUUGCCGCGAAUUUCGGGGCUUCUGUAGCUGUUUGUGAGCUUCCUUUCUCCACCAUUUCGUCCGAUUCCACCGGCGGUGUUGGCGGCACGUGUGUGCUUCGCGGCUGUGUACCCAAGAAACUACUUGUGUAUGCUUCAAAGUAUUCGCAUGAAUUCGAGGAGAGCUGUGGGUUUGGAUGGAAUUAUGAGACAGAACCAAAACAUGAUUGGAGCACUCUUAUUGCAAAUAAAAAUGCUGAAUUGCAACGUCUCACUGGAAUCUACAAGAACAUUCUUAACAAUGCUGGUGUCACUCUUAUUGAAGGGCGUGGAAAGGUUCUUGGCCCACAUACAGUGGAUGUGGAUGGGAAACUCUACUCGGCUAGAAAUAUACUAAUUUCAGUUGGAGGGCGCCCAUUUAUUCCAGACAUUCCUGGAAGUGAAUAUGCUAUAGAUUCUGAUGCAGCACUAGAUUUACCCACAAAACCAAAGAAAAUUGCAAUUGUUGGUGGUGGCUACAUUGCACUUGAGUUUGCUGGGAUCUUCAAUGGGUUGAAAAGUGAGGUCCAUGUUUUUAUAAGACAGAAAAAGGUCCUCAGAGGCUUUGAUGAAGAUAUUAGGGAUUUUGUUGGGGAGCAAAUGGUACUAAGAGGAAUUGAGUUCCACACAGAGGAAUCACCACUAGCUAUUACCAAGUCACCAGAUGGCUCACUUUCUUUGAAAACUAAUAAAGGUACAAUAGAAGGUUUUACUCACAUCAUGUUUGCAACGGGGCGCAAACCAAAUACAAAGACUUUAGGAUUGGAGACAGUGGGAGUGAAAAUGACAAAGAAUGGAGCCAUAGAGGUUGAUGAGUAUUCCCGUACAUCAGUCCCAUCGAUUUGGGCAGUUGGUGAUGUUACUGAUAGGGUGAAUUUAACUCCAGUUGCUUUGAUGGAAGGAGGAGCAUUGGCAAAGACGCUUUUUGCUAAUGAGCCUACUAAACCAGACUACAGGGCUAUACCUUCUGCAGUAUUUUCUCAACCCCCUAUCGGGCAAGUUGGUCUGACUGAAGAACAGGCCAUAAAUGCAUAUGGUGAUGUAGACAUUUUCACAUCAAACUUUAGGCCCUUAAAGGCUACACUCUCUGGCCUUACAGAUAGAGUUUUCAUGAAACUUAUUGUCUGUGCAAAGACAAACAAAGUUCUAGGCUUGCACAUCUGUGGAGAAGAUGCACCGGAAAUGACACAGGGGUUUGCAGUUGCUGUGAAAGCUGGCUUAACAAAAGCAGAUUUUGAUGCCACAGUUGGUAUCCACCCAACAGCAGCAGAGGAGUUUGUCACCAUGAGGACACCUACAAGAAAGAUUCGGAGCAAUCCAUCUGAGGGAACAGCAGAGUCCGAUACUAAAUCUGCUGCUGGAGUUUGACAUUGUGCAAUGAAGAUCAAUCUGAUGCAUAAGCAACACACAGAUGAAAUUUGGUGAGGGCUGUUGGUUACCCUCUCUACAAUGUGCUUCAAUACGGAAAAAAGAAGGGAAAAUGGUUGUUUUGCUUGGUUUUCUCCUCGGUAUUUUUUCAGUUUUUGUGCUAGCUUGAUUUGAUUUGUAGCAUGUGCAUAGUGGAGAUUGAAGCCUGCAUGAACAUAUUAAUCAGAGGAAGGAUAUGGACAAUAUCACAUUCGUCUACCACAAAGUCGGCAGGCAUGGAACCUAAAAAUUAGAAGGGGGAAUUCACGCACACAAGAUGGCCUAUUAGAGGAAAUAAGAGAGCCCAUCCAUGAUCCAUGUGGAAUGUUAAGUUUGUGUAGACUUCAAUAAAAUGUGCAUUUUUACAGACUGCUAUUUGCGUGGUCGGCUUCGAUUCCCAUACUAAUUUAACAUGGGGUUUGCUAUUUUCA